AUCAGCUGUUGAAAAGAUUUUUGUUUACAUCUCGCCGCGCGCGUUUCAAAACGUUCGAUUUUCUAAAAAAUGCUGCUGCGCCUACUCACCCGCCGGAAUGUACUGCACGAUCACUUCCGACGCUGCACCACAUCCGUCGCUGCCGAUGUCCUGCCUCCGCCACCAGCAGCCAAGGAACGUGCCAAACGAAAACCGGAGAAAAUCCGCGAACUCGAGGAGAACUUCUCGGCAAAAACGUUGGACAGGUUUCCGGCUUAUUUGUUGAAACGCGGCUCCCAGAACACGGAACGGUUCUACCUGGCAUCGCAGGAAGCGGCCAGGGAUGUAGCGAAGCUUGUGACGGCGGAUCUUGCUGAGGACACGCUGCUGGCGGAGGUUAAUCCGGGAUCGGGAUUGUUGACGAAGGAACUGCUCAAAAGUAAGAAGGUCAACCGGUUGCUGUUGAUUGAGUACGAUGACUGGUUCCAGGAGGGACUGCGGCAGUUUGAGGGAUCGAGGGUGGAGCUGAAAAGUGGAGACUUUAACGGCCAGUGGAAACAAAUCUAUCUGGACAGUUUAGAUCGGGGUGGAAGGUUGGAGAAGCUGCUGGAAGGACUGCCGAGGAAACGGUGGAUGGACGAGGGCAUCAACUUCCGACUGUUCAGCAUCGUUUCGACGUUGAGGUUUUUCAAAACUUUGCUAUAUUCCGUUGUUAAUAAGAAGGGCUUGUAUGGACUGGGUCGAUGCGAGCUGGUUCUAGUCGUGCCUCCCCUACUCUACGUGCACCUAACAUGCACCAAAGACGCCGGGUACAAACUGUACCGCAGCGGAUCGGUUCUCUUCCAACUGUUUUUCGAGCAUCAGUUUCUGGGGAAAAUCAAACGGCGAGACUUUCUGCCCUGGCCGGCGAACGCCGGAAACAGAAAGUAUCGAACCCAGCACUGGCAGCUCGGGCUGGUCGGCGCUGACGAGUGGUACGUGAUGCGGAUUGUGCCGCGGGCGGAUUUGCACGAGCACUGUUUGCCGGACAAUCUGCGGCUGCUGGCGUUCUUCGUGACGCAGAACAUGAUCAGCCGGAGGAACCGAGUGAUACCGGCGUUGGAACGCUGGAUCCCUCACUGCGGCGCCCGUCUCAUCCUCAACCAAAACUACGUCCCCUCAAAGCACCAAGUCUGUCCGUCACCUCCCACAAAACCUAACUCUGAAGACCUCCCGACUUUCCGCCGAACUUCCUCCCCACUCCAAGCAAACGACUUCCCCCCAAAAAUGAACAUCUUCACCGAAUUUGGCGAACUAACCCCGUCCCAAGUCCUCACAUUGUUCAACGAGUUCAUCAACUGGCCCGAGUUCCGCCAGUCACCGUUCCUGCAAACGAUGGAGCAACACCAGGCCAAAAGUUCGAACCCGUUUCCCGGCGGACGGGAAGUUGACGGACCGGACGAUGACGAGGAGCUUGAGGAAGGUAAGACGGGUUCUUAGGUGGUUCGCGAAUAUAGUUUUUAGUUUUUAUUACGAGAGCUUU